CGGUUAUAUGAGCAGGCGCGUGCCGGACAAACUGGGAGAGUAGUGGUUACUACUACAACACCGAAGCCAAAAACAACGACCACACAGCGCGCCUUGCCAUUUGGUGGUUUGAAUGAAGCGGACUUGCAGCGCUUGUUUGAACAGGCAGGCGCGCUGCCUAGCAGCACGAUAACUGUGCCUACUACCACAAUAACAAUUUCAACAACGGCGCGCACGCCAGCGCCUAGCUAUCGCGAGUUUGAGCAGCUGCAAAAGUAUUUUGCAGAGUUGGAGCGUACGCGCACUAGCACCAGCACAACAACUACUACCACAACUACACCUGCACCUACUACCACUACCACCACAAGCGCGCCAACUACAACGACAUCCACUAGCACCACAACAUCAACUACGCCAACGCCUGCCGUCAGUUCGAUCGAUUUGGCUCAGCGCAUCACAAAUGGCCUCAGCGCGCAAAAGCCCAAGAAGCCGGACGCUGACAACGAUCAGUUGCAGGAGCUCAUCAAUCGUGUACAACAGCUGGAACGUUUGAAUUCGGAUAAGCUUGAGAACAGCAUACGCGCGACCACAACGGAUACGCCCAUACCAUUCGUUGGUUUCACUACGCGCAAGGUAAAUGCGCCUAAUCCCAAAUCCAAUGAACUCCGCGCGCCCUCGAAUGAUUUCGCGCAUCUGCAAGAGCUCUACCAACAGGUUGCGAGCGCGGAACAAGGCGCUUUUGGGCGCGUUGAAAUCUCUACUUCGGCCACUGCUGCGAAACCUUCUUCCGGCAAGCGCACACAAAAUUUCGCACAAAAAAUAAUCGACAUCACCAAUGACACUGGCUCCGGUAGCAGCUUGCAAGAAGUGGAUCCCAGCGACUUUGUGCAACUACAGAAGUUGCUGAGUAAAGUACAGGAGCUAGAGCGCGUGAAGAUCCAUGGCGUGCAGGGCAUCUUAGAACCAGCCACGCCUACGCCAACUGUAAGCAGCUAUACAAAGGAUAUCUCGACUUUGUCCAAUCUGGUAACCUCCGCGUCGGCGCAUACACAUGCCGUACAAAACACAAAUGGAGCGCAGAUUAUUUACCCCGAGAAGGCGCAUGAGUACAAACCAUUCGAGAACAUACUCACGCCGGAACAUCAGCAGCCAACAAAGUCACAUGUGGACAAGAAGGGAGAGGCUGUGCCAGAACCCACCUCCAGCGAGGAGUUACGUGAGUUGGCUAUGCCGGCACCAGCGAACCCAAAGAAUUCAUCAUUCGACAAAGACUUUGAACAGUAUCAGGAGUUCUUUAAGAAACUCGAGGAUGAGGAGCGCAACUCGUACCAGAAUAUGCAGCCGCCGAUAAUACAAAAAACUGUGACGAAGGAGCCCCCGCGUUUCAUUGCGACACACAAACCGCAAAAGCCCGGUAAUGGGCAGCAGAAGGCUGAUCUCGAAGAGCUGCAAAAGCUCUUGAGCAAUGCUCAGGAGUUGGAAAAAUUAGGCAUCACUUUGCCAACAGAAUUAUCCCAGCAGAUUGAGACCAAACUUACGAAGCACGCGAACAAUGAAAGAGCUGAAAAACAAUUGGGGUCUACUACCGCAAAGCCAGUGCAUAUAGUCACUGCAGAGCGUCCCAAAGCCAAUGGAGAGUAUAUUGACCUAAUAAGCAAUUUGGGUGCUAUAAGCUCAAGCACCACCUUCCCCACAACGAAUCACGAUGCAACCAGCGCUGAAAGUGUAGAUGCGUCUAGCGAAAAGGAAGCCUUCUUUUCGCUUACGACGCCAAAGUCGCUGGUACCAAAAGAGCCCAAGCCUACCACGUCCAGUGCGCUCGACCUUCCCGUUUUUAGCGCAACUAAGAUCAUAGAAGCGGCUAUCAAGCGCGCAGCCAACAAAAUUGGCGUUUCCACUGAGCAGACACUAGGCUUCCAAAGGCGUAGCGAUAAGGAUGUGUAUGCCGACAUGGAUCCUGGGAGCAUGGACGAUUUGAUGGGCGAGUUUAGCGAAAUGAACUAUCAGCUAGCGUCACCAGAUUUACCGGCAGGCACGUCACAAAGCGAUGUGCCAGUAACUACUUUGAAAAGAGAUACCAGUCAGCUACCGCCAGUUGAGGAUGCACCCGUUGACAUAACAAAAGAUUUGCAUGAGCUGCAGCGCUUAAUCGGCAACCUGCAGGAGCUGCAACGCUUGAACCUCAGCGUAUCUUCAGAUUUGCUGCGUAAAGCGGAUGCAAAGUAUUUGGAAACGCUGAAGAAGCAGCAAGCAGCCGCAGAUGACACUAGUAAAAGUCGGCGCCAAAGUGUUACGCCGCUUAUAGUGAUGGCAGUGAGUGCCGCCACCGGUGAGAGCACAACAGGAAGCGCAACAACAGACACCAGCACAGAGAAGAGCGCGGCCGACGGCGAUUCUGAUCUUGCUCCAGAACCGGUAGACGUGGAAGCUGCGGCAAGCGCUGCAACGAACAGCAACAGUGCGACAGAAGUGAGCAGCAGCAGCAGCACGACAACUACGGAAGAACCGCGCAAUGGCUCGCUGGCCGAUCUGGAAGACUCUUUUGGUGGCGUCGAUACGAAUAAGGAAGAACCGAAGCCACCCAAACGCAAGAAUGGUUUCUACUUCUUAGCCGAUUGGAAUUCCUUCCUCGAAGUGGGUGAUGGCGAUGACCAGGUGAUAGUGCGCUUGAGUCCGAAAAUAGGCGAUCCGCGACUAUUUUUACCAGUGAAAAUACCAUAAAGUGGGUUAAAGGGGCUGUAGCGUGUAAGUGCAAAUGCAGAGUGGAUUAUUUUUGUAAAUAUUUAUUAUAAUUAGUUUUGUUUGUAAGAGAUUUCACAAAAAAAAAUCAACUACAAUUUGGAUGGAGUCGAGUGCAAUAGAUGAGAAGCUUCUGACUCUUGAAUGACGGGACCGAAAAUUAUAUUUUUUUUUUGAGUUGCUGUUGCUUUAUUAAUUUUUUCUGCAACGAGUAUAAUUUAUAAGGGAGGACCUGCCGGUUGCUGUGCCCUGGGAUAAAGUUUCGGCACUGCAAAGUGACAAGAUCCGUCUGGUUGGGGUGGUGGAAUGACGCCGCUUGAGGGAGCCUCUUAGACUGACAGAUUAGUAACUCUGCUCUUAGAAAAAUUCAGUGGAGAAAAUAUCUAAGUUUGCCAUUUUCCAGGCUGCCAUCAAACCUAAACCCAAUCUGAUUCGUCUUUACCAUAUCGACCAGACCAAAGAGGUCGUAAGGUAGCUCUCCGAGUUUGUAUCCCUUGGUUAAGGUAUAUCGUUGCUAACCAAACCUAUACUUUUGCCGAGGAUAAAUAUAAAGCUUGAAGUAGGCCAAAUGGUCACUAGCCGGUUCCAAUACACAUAGGCCACUAAACGAAUAUUUCGAUAUUCCUAGGCUUAGUCUACAAAAUAAAAAAAUCACUCUUAAUUUCCGGUGAUGCCUCCGGUAGCAAUAUGUCGGCUAUAUUCCUUACUGUAAGCGAACGGGGUACCAUUGUCACCAGACUAUCCACAGAUCCAUAAUUUGUUAGUUUGUGAGCCAGCUCGUUCAGAAUUAUUCCA